AAAUCUUUUUAGCCUUCAUUUCAAGCCCGCCGCCUCUUCUUUUGCAGUUGAUCUUCUUCUUCUUCUUCAUAUGGAGAAUUAUCAAAUGUUCUUUCCUGUGUCAUCACCAUCAAACAUGGAGAAUAAUUUUUCUCAAGUGCUUUUCGAUAAUUUUCAUGGGGAUACUUCGAUUGGGUUGUUGCCGGAUAUGAAGACAGGCAGGUUCAACCAGGUAGCAGAAGUUAAGGAACUUGUCGAAAACGGCAGAUUUGUCGGGCCUGAAAUUGAGAUAAAAUCAACCGGCGGUGAUUGUUGCAGAAAGAAGGGGAAGAAGAUUAAGAAGCAUAGAUAUGCUUUUGAAACAAGGAGUCGAGUUGAUAUUCUUGAUGAUGGAUAUCGUUGGAGGAAAUAUGGGCAAAAGGCUGUUAAGAACAACAAAUUCCCAAGAAACUACUAUCGAUGCACACAUCAAGGAUGCAAUGUGAAGAAGCAAGUCCAACGUCUAACCAAAGAUGAAACUGUGGUUCUCACCACUUACGAAGGGGUUCACACGCAUCACAUAGACAAGCCAAUCGACAAUUUUCAACAUAUCUUGAAUCAGAUGCAAAUUUACACGCCCUUUUAGUUCACAUGCAUGAAAUGAUGUAUGUAUACUUUGGUGAGGAGCCGUAGCAAUCUUGAAUUUGAUCUUUCCAUUUGAAAUAAUAAACUAAUGUACUUUGGAAUCUUAUAAAAUUUCUUUUGUUAUUGAA